AUCUACCCGAAGAAGAAUAGCCACUCGUCUCUUCUAGCUCAGAAAUCCUGCACACUUCCUCUUGAUGACUUUAAAUCGGUGAUAUUAUAACAGGUUCUCAGUGAUGUUGGACUUCGGUCGGUUUCCGGGUCACAGGCUUUAAGACGAGAGAUUAAUUCCUGCAGUUGGAUUAUACUGAGAGAAGGAGGAAGGAAGGAAGAGUUUCCAAACACUUUAACACAAUGGCGACGAGCGAGAAAGCCGUGUCUGCAUCCUUCAUGGAGCCUUUCAGAGAAAUCCUGGUGAAUUAUUUAAUGCCCGAAAAAUGUUACGACGAGUUCUUCCUGAAUUUUAAUUUUCUACACGUGGACUGCCUGAAGAUAAUAAUUAGCAAAGGGUUAGGCAUUGGGAUCAUCCUUGGCUCUGUACUUGUGAAAUUGCCUCAGAUCUUGAAGCUGCUCAGUGCUAAGAGUGCAGAAGGACUAAGUUUUAAUUCUGUGAUGCUGGAGCUGCUGUCCCUCACAGGCACUAUGGUCUACAGCAUCGCUAAAAGCUUUCCCUUUAGUGCCUGGGGUGAAGUGUUCUUCCUCAUGUUGCAGUCAUUGGCUAUUGGAUUUCUUAUCCAGCAUUAUAAAGGAUGCACAAUGAAAGGAUUGGGCUUUCUAGUUAUCUUUUUUGGCCUGUUGGCUGUCCUUGUUUCUCCUCUCACCCCCAUGUUUGUCGUCACCACCAUGCAAGCCUCGAACAUGCCAGCUAUAAUCUUAGGACGGCUCAUUCAGGCAGGUGCCAACUAUAGGAACGGCCACACAGGACAGCUGUCAGCUGUAUCUGUUUUCCUUCUGUUUGCUGGUUCUUUGGCACGUAUAUUCACUACAGUGCAGGAAACAGGUGACUCCCUGAUGGUUCUUUCCUAUAUCAUCUCAUCCAGUUGUAAUGGACUAAUCGCUGCUCAGGUUCUGUAUUACUGGAAUGUCAGUCCAGUAGUUAAAAAAAAAGCUGAGUAAAACAGUGAGGAGCUGUGGCACCUAGUGCUCUAUGUCCACUCCAGAUAACAUGCUGCUUUAAGCAACUUGUAAUAUUGACAUCAAUGGUUUAAAGCAACAUGGUUGCACAGUGUUGCUACAUAUACACUGUAAGCAAGGAGCAAGUGGAGUGGUACACCUGCAAUGCUCUGAAGAGAAGGGUAUCCAGCUUAUUAAAAAGCAUAUGAACUGUUGGACCAAAAAGAAUCAGAAGGACCCCUUUUUCUCAUCAAUUGAUGAUCUUUCCAUUGAGUAUAUAAGAUUAUAGGUUGCAAUACCCAUCCUGUUUAGUUUUCCUUCUUACCUUAUCAUUUAUUCGGCUCAGGGAAAGAUGUAUUUAAAUUUUAUAAAGCAGUGUAGCAUGGAAAUGCCUUUUCCUGUUUUUUUUGGGUAUGUUGCAUAUAUUCCAUAUUUGUUUUAAAUGAUUUAUUCCAGUAGCUGCUAAGGUAAACAAUUACAAAUAAAAACAACAAAAAUGUGA